CCGACUAUGACGGAUGAUGUUCAAUACACACUUAGAGUAGAGAUCAUUCCUAUAGAAGAUCUUCAAGUUUCAUCUCCUGCCGGUUUCAAGAUUGUCAUUCUCAAGGGAAAAUUUGUGGAUGGGCUCCUACAGCUGGUGCCUGAAGGCUUGGAAGUACUUGGUGCAAUGGUGGAAGAUUUGGGAGAUGCACACCCUAAAUCAGUAGAAGAAGUAUUUGAGUCUCCUAAAAGUGAAAGUUAUAUAUGGGAUAUUCCAGCUCCUUGCUAGCUAUAUCCAACGUUCAAAGCAGACAUUAGUUCAAAGUAGUUCUUGCGUGUUUGAUAUAGUUUACCUUACACACUCUACCCUGCUGCAGAAUGCAAACAGAUAAUGAUGAUU